CCCCGGAGUGGGUCACCACACUGUUUUUUAUCAUCAUGGGAAUCAUUUCAUUGACUGUCACAUGUGGUUUGCUGGUGGCUUCCCACUGGCGAAGAGAAGCUACAAAAUAUGCUCGAUGGAUAGCAUUCACUGGAACCACUAUGAGAAGACUAUAGGAAAAACACCAAGACUAGAGGACUCUGGGUUCCUUUUAUGCAAAGUCAACUCUUCUGGGUCACAGUUACCCAGCAACAAAAAUAAAGGGCAAGCUUCACUGCUGAGUUGCUUGGAGGAGCUUGGAGAAACCAGAAGUGAGAUCUAGGAGAAGCAAGGCCCUGGAGUGCCAGGAACCCUUCUCCUAAAGAUGGAGAAAUAAACGAAGAAAUACAGGAAAAUAAGCAUUGGGUGUUUUGCAAUGGCUACACAAACUAGUCAUGUCUUCCAUGGCCAAGAAAAUAUGCUUCUGGAAAACCAUUGCAUUAGGAGAAACACUGGCAGAGAUUCAAAGAAGUCACUAAAGCAGAAGAAUGUGAAUGGACUUGGUCAGAAUUCAGACAAUGGAUUACUGGUUACACACGUUAACCAGACACAGGACUUACUGAGGCUGCAGGCGAGCGAGACCCAGUCUUCAGAUUGGGAGGACUCUGAAGACUGGCUUUCGGCUCACAGUUUAAAGUGUCAGAAGCUCACCUUGGCUGACCUGAUAAGCCAGGGCACAGAAGUGCUGGAGGAGGACACCAAUGUUGUGCAGAAAAUACGUUUCUCCACCCAGAUCAUCCGCCACUUUGAGUCAAAGCUUUCUGACACUAUUGAAGUCUAUCAAGAGAGAAUUCAGUGGCUCACAGAAAACAGCAAGAAGGCAUUUGGCCUCAUCAAAGGGGCCAGAGUCAGCAUCCUCAUAGAUGUGUCAGCCAUCAGCAGUGGCCCUCAGAAAGAAGAGUUCCAAAAGGACCUCAUGAGCCUCAUCGAUGAGCAGCUGAGCCACAAGGAGAAGCUAUUUGUCCUGUCCUUUGGCACCAACGCCAGGUCCCUCUGGCCGGACCCAAUGGAAGUCAGCGCCUCUGUCCUCCAGGAACUUAAGCUCUGGGUAAAGACACUGCAGCCUGAUGGAGGCAGCAACCUGCUACAAGCUCUGAAGAAGAUCUUCACUCUCAAGGGCCUGGAUUCCCUGGUGGUCAUCAUGAGAAGCUGCCCAGAUCAGCCUUCUGAAAUCCUGUCCGACUACAUCCAACAGUCCACCAUGGGAAGAGACCUCAUCAUCCACUUCAUCACCUACAGCUGCGAUGAUCAGCUGCCCCCUGCUAUCCUGAAGAACCUUGCAGAAGCUGUUAGGGGCUACUACCACUGCUACAGCCCAAAGAUGGAGCUCUACACCAGCCGGGAUAUGGAUGAGCUCCUGGCAGAAAUUCAGAAUGCCCAGAGCCUCCUCAGCCACGUGCAAGCCCUGAGGCACAGCAGCCCCUGUGAGGCGCUCACCUGCACCAUGGAGGAGAUUUCCACAGAGAUUACAAAUGGGCUACUCAUAAGCCUCUUGCCUAAACCCCCAAAGCAUGACGCUCCUCUCACCAUUGAGUUUCCAAACUUGGACAAGACUUCUGCAGAGUGGCUUAAGGUCAAUGGUCUGAAAGCCAAGAAAUUAAGUCUGUAUCAGGUCCUGGCACCCAACGCAUUCUCUCCUGUGGAGGAAUUUGUACCUAUUCUCCAGAAAACAGUAUCGUCAACUAUCCAUGAGAAGGCAAUGAUACAAUUUGAAUGGCACGAUGGGACAGUGAAGAACAUUCAUGUGGACCCACCCUUCCUCUAUGAGUACCAGAAACAGCUCAACAGAGCUAUGCGGAUGUACGAGAGGCGGAUCGAGUGGCUCUCCCUGGCCAGCAGAAGAAUUUGGGGCACUGUGUGUGAAAAAAGGGUGGUUGUACUGCUCGAUAUCUCUGCGACCAAUUCCAUGUACAUUAUUCAUAUCCAGCACUCCCUGCGGCUGCUGCUGGAGGAGCAGUUAUCCAACAAGGACUACUUCAACCUCAUCGCGUUUGGAAGCACAAUUGAAAGCUGGAGGCCUGAGAUGGUUCCCAUGAGCCACGACAAUUUACAAAGUGCCUGGCGGUGGGCCCUGAACCUGCGGUGUUGGGGCAGCAGGAACGUUCUCAGCGCCCUGCGGAAGGCUGUGGAAGUGGACUUCAAGGACAAAGACAAACACCAAUCGCAGGGAAUCUACCUCUUCACUGGGGGCAUCCCUGACCAGGACAUGCCUACGCUCAGCGCCUACAUGGCCGAGGCCUGUAGUGGCUGCGACCUCCAGCUGAACGUGUGUCUCUUCUACGUGGGUGAGCCAAAGAUGGACACCACGCCCCCUGCCUGCUAUGCCAGUCGCACUGACACGGCCACCGCCUACAAGGAGGUCACCCGGGCUGCAGGUGGCCGCUUCCACUGGUUUGGAGACACAGGCAUUUAUGAGAGCGAUGACAUCAGUUCCAUCAUGUCUGAGAUGGAAAAGGCUCUCAACUACUCCCAAAAGUGUGCCUUCCUCAUGGCCUCCCUGAAGAACCAUUCAAGAAAAGUACUGGGAAGUGCAGCCCUCCUGAAAGAAAAACCAAAGACACUUCAGCUAAGAAGUCAGCCCAAGAAGCUCUGCCCUCCCAGGCCCACCGCCCCCUUGGGGGCCAGAAUGAGCAUUAAAGAUGACCCUGACAGAGAGAAGAGCCCCCCGCUGAAAUCUCUGAAAUGGCGUCCACUCAGUAGCAGAGAUGGCAUCUCACCAGCUGCGGCCCAGCCGAUGAAAGAAGGGAUGAUGGAACACAGGAGGAAGACCAAGUCAAGGGAAGCAGAGACAUCUCUUUCGCUGUUCUACACAGAGAAAGGGAAUAACGUGGGCUCGGUGUACAAGAAGUACCCUCAAGGAAGGGGCGUGAGAAGGAUUAGCUCUUCUAUUGACUUACCCAGAAAGGAUACAGUUUGCUCAAGCCAAGAGUGGAUGGCAAAAUAUGGGCUCAAAAAAUUGAAGCUGGAGAUUUCCAGAUGCAUGGGUCCCAGCUGCACUCAUCAAAAGUCAGGACAGAGGUCAGCAUCAGCCAAACACUGCAGCAUCUUCCCCAGCGUUGAGAUCCAUGGAGUGGUGAGACACAUUCAGUGGACGCCUGGGGAGAUGGAGGUGUACAUCAGGCACUUGGAGAAGGUGUUAAGGCGCUAUGUCCAGAGGCUGCAGUGGCUGCUGUCCGGGAGCCGCCGACUGUUUGGCACCGUUUUGGAGAGCAAAGUAUGCAUUUUGCUGGACACGUCAGGGUCCAUGGGCCCUUACCUGCAGCAGGUUAAGACAGAGCUGGUUUUGCUGAUUUGGGAACAGCUGAGGAAGCGCUGUGACAGUUUUAACCUGCUCAGCUUUGCAGAGAGCCUUCAGUUGUGGCAGGACACGCUGGUGGAGACCACAGAUGCAGCGUGUCAUGAGGCUAUGCAAUGGGUGACCCACCUGCAAGCUCAGGGCAGCACCUCCAUCUUGCAAGCAUUGCUGAAAGCCUUCAGUUUCCAUGAUCUGGAAGGACUGUACCUCCUGACCGACGGAAAGCCAGACACAAGCUGCAGCCUUGUCCUAAAUGAAGUCCAAAGACUCAGGGAGAAAAGAGAUGUGAAAGUGCACACCAUUUCCUUGAACUGCUCAGACAGAGCGGCGGUUGAGUUCCUGAGAAAGCUGGCUUCCUUCACUGGCGGACGCUAUCACUGCCCUGUGGGUGAGGACACACUCUCCAAAAUGUGCGGCCUGCUGACCAAAGGCUUCAUCAAUGAAAACGAUCCCACGCUGCCACCAUUUGAAGGAGAUGAUUUAAGGAGGCUGGCCCAGGAGAUCACCAAGGCCAGAAGCUUCCUCUGGCAGGCCCAGUCCUUCAGAUCCCAACUCCAGAAGAAAAAUGAUGCAGAAUCAAAGGUCACUCUUUCCUAGAGAAGUGUUCUCAGAAAUGUCAUCCUGCAAAGGACCACUCACUGACCAAAUCUCGGCCCCGGGGGCAGGAUGGGGUGGAAUGCUGUGACCCGCAGGGAACACGAUUCCUGGUACCAGGAUUCCCUGGAAGCUGAGGAAGGAAAGGCUCUGUCUUUUGUGUGAGGGUCCAUUCCUGGGUCUAAUCUAACUCUCAAGCCCUGUCCCGCACCACACCCUACUCUCCAGCCACUAGACUGUCCCUCUCUGGGAAGCCCUAAACCAACCCCCUGCCUGAACGGGGCUUCUUGCCUCCUCUGCCCGGAGACUCCUGCUCACCCAUGAAGGCACAGCUCAAAUGACAUCAGCUCCCUGGGACCCACCUAGAGCCAGGGGCCUCCAGUCUUUCUCUGGCAGCAUCCUGACCACGCAGAACUCUCGCACUCGGCACUCCAUGUCACGCCACCUUGCUCGCUGAUCUAGCUCUUCUCCUUGACUGUGAGCUCCCUUGGGAUGAGACCGCUGUCCCAGGGUCUGCAGGUCCCCAGAAGCUGCCACAUGGGAGACGCAUGGUGAACAGUGAGCAGGUGGCUGAGCUGUGGGAGCCUAGCUCUGGAAAGCAGUAGAUGGGGUGGUCUCCAGCCUGGUCCAUAACAGGCUAAUGCAGAGUCACAGUCAGCCCAUCCUGGAGGAAGAAGAAACAAGUGAGCCUCACCACCACCCUCCAUCCCUGCCCAACCAAACUGAAGUGAAGGCUGCUCAUCCGGGGUCAUUUUCCAAAAUUAAAAACAAUUACUUUUAUUCCACUAAUAGGAUCAACAUGACUUUAA